AACAAAAAAUACCGCAUGAAAGAGCUGUGAAAGUGUUGCUGCUAUUGCUUGUGUUUCUUACUGCCUUGCAUGAUAAUUUUUGAAAAAAUUACUGCGUGCGCGCCAAAUUAUACAAUCAGCUGAUUACCAGUCUGGCAACUCCAUAUUACUUGUCAGCAGUGAUGCAAAUUGCUGAAUAGCUAUCGAUAUUACUAUCGAUGCGAGUACUGGUAUCGAAAGAAACGCUCACGAGCCCCACGAAAGAAGCAAAGCAGAGAAAAAACAAAAAUCCCAAUUCAAUUGUGAAAAAAUUUUACGCUCACGCUUAACUCGAUGCUUUUGAGAUAGAAAACAAUAGUAAGCAGUGCGCCAGAUCGAAGUGAGACUUAAAGAACCUAGUUUAGUGCAAUCGAUCUAAAUCCUCGACGUUUACCUUUACCACUGUUGCCGCACCCCUCCCUCCAAUCAAAUAUAAUUUUGACGCACACCACAACGUACAAUAACACUUGCACACGAUUCUUUUCGCUUUUGCGAAAUCUAAGACGAAGGCCAACGCCAGCCGAUUAACCAAGCAGUCGAGCAAGCAACCAAAACACAACCCACAAAACACGACAACAACGACAACCAUUAAAAUAAUAACAACAACAAAAAUAACAAAUGCGUGCGACGCUCAAAAGUUGAUGUAGAUUAAGUGAAUCGCAAGCAACAGCAAACGCAUUUUGCAAAGUCACGCCGCGUCAGCUAUAGUUACAGCUUUGCCAUGUCCAUCCGGACGCAGGUGCUCGGCCUGGUGGACGUCAUGAUGCGUGUGCCGCCCAUCAUGGUCAUCGAUGAGAUACUCAAAAUUGGCAUGGGCGUCCCCAGCCAGCUCAGUUCGGGUAAAGGUUACACCAUGGAGACAACAACCUCAACAACAAAAGCUGCGCCGCAAGAAGCCAGCAACAGCACAGACACCUUAGCCAACAUCAAAGCAUUCUUUGGUAUGGGCAGCGAAGAUUCAGCCACCAGCUCUAUCGGCAACCGCAGUCAAGAUAUACUGGAACACACCAUAGAAAAUGCAUCCAAAUCAGCGCAAGCCGGCGGAAUGCUCAGCAGCAAUUUCAACAGCCUAAUGGACGAGCUGGCCAACGAUAGCAUGCUAGGCAAUAUACUUAAUAUAACGACGGUGAAGUUCGUCGUCUGUUUACUAGGUUUCUUAUGCGCCGCUUGCAUUUUCAUGUUAUGGACGCGGCAUUUAGUGAUGGUGUACAUGUUUCUUACCUCGCUGGGACUCACAUUUCUCUCCUACUGGUCCAAUGUGAGCGCACUAGAGCUAAUGGAGCAAAGUCCGAGCAUACUGGAAGAUUUAUUGUCCUUGAAUACGACCAGACUGCUGGAUUCGGGCGGAAUCGUCAUGGCGCUAGCGCCACAUAUCAUCGCCCAAUGGUUCAUGGGCAUGCUCUUUGCCUAUAUACAUUUAGGCCCUCGUUAUGCGCUGCUCCAACGGUCCAUGCCUAUCAUUUUUACUAGUCCAAUUCUGCUUGCCAUGUUGCCUCUUUCAUCGAGCAUAGUGGACAAACUGCCCGUGAUCGCGGGUCUCACGCCCAUCAUACUGACUAAAAUCACGCUUAUGCUGAGUGCCAUGGACGCUAGCAGAACGGUUUACAAUGGUUACCAAUAUGCCGUGAAUUUCGUAUCCAACUUUGGACUUUCGGCUCUCAUUGAGAACGAGUGGCAGCGUCUAAAUGUGCCCAACGUCUUGCGUCUGUUUUGGAUCAUUAGAAUUAUGCAGGGCGGCUAUGCCUUGCUGACUGUCGAAUCGGAUGUGCCUUUGCAGCUGUUUCCGGCCAUCGAGAAGCUGCUCGUUGAUGGUUGUGAAACUUUGACCGCUGUGCUGGGCAUGACUGGUGUCAUCUCGAUGAUAUGCCACUAUAUAGGACGCGGCUUUCAGUGGUAUCUGCUGACCUAUGACAAUGACGAAGAGAAGUCGCUGGGCACAGUUUCGGCGGUGCUGUUUUACAUAUUAGCACUACAAACUGGCCUCACAUCAUUGGCGCCCGAUAGGCGUUUUGUGCGCUUAUGUCGCAAUCUAUGCCUUCUGGUCACAGCGCUACUGCACUUCCUUCACAACAUUGUUUCACCCAUAUUGAUGUCGUUGAGCGCGGCGCGGAAUCCUUCACGUAAGCGUCACGUGCGCGCUUUAUCUGUUUGCGCCUUUCUCAUAUUAAUGCCAGUCGGGCUGCUUUACUACUUGUGGGCGCAGCAUUCGCCCUCUACUUGGCUGCUGGCGGUGACUGCCUUCUCCGUGGAGGUCAUUAUCAAGGUGCUCGUUUCGCUGGCCACAUAUACGCUCUUUUUACUAGACGCCCGUCGCCAGUUCUUUUGGGAAAAACUAGAUGACUAUCUAUACUAUGUGCGUGCCUUCGGCAAUGCCGUAGAGUUCUGUUUUGGCAUCUUGCUAUUUGUUAAUGGUGCCUGGAUCUUGGUCUUUGAAUCGGCCCAAAAUGCUACAGGCGGCGCCAUUAGGGCGAUCAUGAUGUGCAUUCAUGCCUACUUCAAUAUCUGGUGCGAGGCACGCGCUGGCUGGUCGGUGUUCAUGAAGAGGCGCUCUGCGGUCCACAAGAUAUCAGCAUUGCCGGAAGCGACUCCUGCUCAGCUGCAGGCCUUUGAUGAUGUAUGCGCCAUCUGUUAUCAGGAAAUGUACUCGGCUAAGAUAACGCGAUGCCGUCACUUUUUCCAUGGAGUUUGCCUGCGCAAGUGGCUCUAUGUACAGGAUCGCUGUCCGCUGUGUCACGAAAUAAUGAUGUACACUGACAAAGCUGAGGAGAACGCACAAGAUGCCGAUCCAGCAGCUCCAGCUCAAGCUGAACAGCCUAUUCGUAUAUAUCCAAGAGAAGACGCAAACAAUGCUGGAGUGCCGCGCCGCUCACCCGAACGCGGUGCAGAAGCAGCUCCAGAAGAGGGCGUAGCACCGGUCAAUGCUGCCGCUGCCUUGGCCAAUAUUGAUAAUGCUAUAGCCAAUUUGGCGAGCGAGGCGGCCGCAAUUGCAGCAGAGACCCGAGCCGCUGUAGCCAGCAGUGCAAGCAGUAGCAGCAGCAACAGUAAUGCGAGCUAUAUCACAGCGUCGGCUCAACCGCCUCCAUCGACGGCAAAUUCGGCGGCCGCUGUUGCUACCGCUGCGGCCAGCAAUACGACGCACAUAUUUCGGUUGUCACAGGAACAGCAAUGAAUUGUACCGCUAUAUUUAAUCUUAAUCAAACCAGAUGUAAACUGUUCUAUGUGUUAGUGUACUUAUGUAAAAAUGCGAAACUCCUAAGCAAAAUUA